CUUGGGUUUGAUCUUGGGUUUUCUUUGUUCGUUCUCUUUUCUAGUUGCUGGCGGUCUUCGUUCGUGAAACUCUCAUCUGCGAAUUUUUAGCCUUUGUAUAAAUGGAGGAUGAUGCCAAUGCUGCAAAGAAAGAGGAAGAGGAAUUCAAUACGGGACCUCUCUCUGUUCUGGCGAUGAGCGUAAAGAAUAACACACAGGUGCUGAUCAAUUGCCGUAACAACAAGAAACUUCUCGGUCGUGUCAGGGCUUUUGACCGCCACUGCAACAUGGUUCUGGAAAACGUAAGAGAAAUGUGGACUGAGAUUCCAAAAACUGGGAAGGGUAAGAAGAAAGCACUCCCCGUUAACAAGGACAGAUUCAUCAGUAAGAUGUUUCUUCGAGGGGAUUCAGUUAUCAUUGUUCUCAGGAAUCCUAAAUGAGGACUAGAAUGUAUAUUUCAGAGUAAAAGGAAGCACUUCGUUGAACAUUUUGAAAUCAGGAGAACCUAACUGAAAAUAAAAAAUUGUCAUUUGGUGCUGGCAGGGUUAUGGAAGGAAUGCAUUAUGUAGUAGGUAUUGGUUUGUAUCUUGGUAGCUAAUGGUUGUAGCUUUGAGCAUACCUUGUAAUACUUCACUGUGCUGACCCUCUGAUCUUUAACUAGUAUGUUACUUUUGUUCAGUACCAUAUUCUGUGCAUGUUGGACAAUUACUAGAUCUAUAUUUUACUUCU